UUGUUUUUUCGGGUAUUUUACCAAUGUACCCUCUCGCUUUUUCACGGGGAUAAAAGGAGAGGACGUAAAGCUCAGAGAGAGAUAGUUUGCGUAGGUGAAGUGAAUUAUUACAAGUAGAUAUCGUCAAUACUGGCGAAUUAUUAAGGGUUUCUCGUAGGAAGGAAAAAGAAAGAAAGGAUGUCUUACCUUCUACCUCACUUGCACUCUGGUUGGGCCGUCGACCAAGCUAUCCUCGCUGAGGAGGAACGUCUCGUUGUCAUUAGAUUCGGUCACGACUGGGAUGAAACUUGCAUGCAGAUGGAUGAGGUAUUAUCUUCAGUUGCUGAGACGAUAAAGAAUUUUGCAGUGAUCUAUCUGGUUGACAUCACUGAGGUACCUGACUUUAACACCAUGUACGAACUGUACGACCCUUCAACAGUCAUGUUCUUUUUCCGCAACAAACACAUCAUGAUUGAUCUGGGAACUGGAAACAACAAUAAGAUCAAUUGGGCGCUCAAGGACAAGCAGGAGUUCAUUGACAUCAUUGAGACCGUCUAUCGUGGUGCCAGGAAAGGUCGAGGUCUUGUGAUAGCGCCCAAAGACUACUCUACCAAGUACCGCUACUAGAUGCUGCUGCUCGAGCUUGUUAUAACAAACUCUUUAUCUUACUGAAAAUACCCUCUCUAUAAGUCUUUCAGUAAUUUCUUUGUUACUGUUCUUGGGCAUGAUUUAGGGUAUUCUGUGUUUGGGUCAGAGUUUUUAAUGAAGACAGUAUAAUAAUAAACUCUUCCUGAUUUGUACUUUUGUUUUGUAAUGGAAUGGUAAAGUAUUCAUAAACAAUCCUGAUUUAUACUCUUUAUCUGA